AUGCUUCGAACAUUAGCGACGCGCCUCCCGCGGCGCACCGUCGCCGCAGCGGCGCCGGCCUCAAGACUCACCACUUCCGCACUCCGCGCCACUACCACCCGGGCACUAUCAACAACACCACCAACACUAAAGGCCCCUCCCCGCGGCCCGAAAAACGUCAAGAUCGAUGCCAUCCCCAAGGAACCGACGGACCUCGACGCGAUCACGACGCUGUCCAACGGCCUGCGCGUCGCCUCGGAGGCGCUGCCGGGUUCCUUCUCGGGGGUGGGCGUCUACGUCGACGCCGGCUCGCGGUACGAGGACGCCGGGCUGCGCGGCGUAAGCCACAUCAUGGACCGCCUGGCGUUCAAGAGCACCUCGGGCCGCACCGCCGACGACAUGAUCGAGCAGGUCGAGGCGCUCGGCGGCAGCAUCCAGUGCGCGAGCUCCCGCGAGAGCAUGAUGUACCAGGCGGCGAGCUUCAACGGCGCUGUGCCCACGACGAUUGGGCUGCUGGCCGAGACGAUCCGCGACCCGAACCUGACGGAGGAGGAGAUUGCAGAGCAGCUGCUCACGGCGGAGUAUGAGAUUAACGAGAUCUGGAGCAAGCCGGAGCUGAUCCUGCCGGAGCUCGUGCACACGGCGGCGUUCAAGGAUAAUACGCUGGGCAACCCGCUGCUGUGCCCCGAGGACAGGCUGGGUGCGAUUUCGCGGGAGACGAUACUGCGGUACCGCGAUUUGUUCUACCGCCCGGAGCGCAUCGUGGUUGCGUUUGCUGGUGUUGAGCACGGAGAGGCAGUGCAGCUGGCGGAGCAGUACUUUGGCGACAUGAAGGCUUCAGAACCCACGCUCUCCCGCACCGGCUCAGAAACCUCCAUCUCAGACGCCUCAUCCUUCGCUUCCUCAACAUCCUCCUCCUCGCCCUCCCCCGUCCAACAACCCUCCAAGCUCCUCUCCAAAGUCCCCUUUUUCAAAAACCUCUCCACCUCCGCCCCCGCCAACGCCGACGUCCUCGCCUCCUCCACGCCCCUGACCCACGACAUCAACGCCCCCGCCCACUACACCGGCGGCUUCCUCUCCCUCCCGUCCCAGCCCCCCUCUAACAACCCCAGCAACCCCAACUACACCCACAUCCACCUCGCCUUCGAGGGCCUGCCCAUCAACUCGGACGACAUCUACGCCCUCGCGACCCUCCAAACCCUCCUCGGCGGCGGCGGCUCCUUCUCCGCCGGCGGCCCCGGCAAGGGCAUGUACUCGCGCCUCUACACCAACGUACUCAACCAGCACGGCUGGGUCGAGUCGUGCGUGGCCUUCAACCACUCGUACACCGACUCCGGCCUCUUCGGCAUCUCGGCGUCGUGCAUCCCCGGCCGCACCGCGAGCAUGCUCGACGUCAUGUGCCGCGAGCUGCGCGCGCUCACGCUCGACACGGGCUUCUCGGCGCUCAAGAAGGGCGAGGUCGACCGCGCCAAGAACCAGCUGCGCUCCUCGCUGCUGAUGAACCUCGAGAGCCGCAUGGUCGAGCUCGAGGACCUGGGCCGGCAGGUCCAGGUGCACGGGCGCAAGAUCCCCGUGACGGACAUGUGCCGCAAGAUCGAGGCGCUGACGGUCGAGGACCUGCGGCGCGUGGCGCGCGUGGUGGUCGGCGGGAUGGUGGAGAACGCGGGCCGGGGCAGCGGCGCGCCGACGGUUGUGCUGCAGGAGGCGCAGGCGCACGGCGUGAGCACGCAUUCGUUGACGUGGGAGGCUAUCCAGAAUACGAUUCAUGACUGGCAGCUGGGCAAGAGGUGA